ACAGACUUUUCCAACCCUGCCUGAAGAUGUUUGAAAUUUCUACCUGGCAUCUGUGGUGUUUAGUUUCAAUUAUCUAUUAUGUCGAACAGAGAUUUAACCGAGCUGUUUGUUAUGCUUCGUAAUGCUGUUCUUUACACCAAAAAUGUAUAUUCUGAUGAAAUGAAUACAGAUAACGUUGCCCUGCUUGACAGAAGAUCGAGUAUGAGUGUAAAAGCAAUCGACCAGCCGAAUUGGAUUUACAAAUAUGAGGAAAUUCGCAAUCUACUUUCAAAAAUCAAAAGUUGUAUAAAUGAUUUGCUUCGGAUCCAUGAUACUACCGCUCGAUUGGUGCUGAACGAUAAUACAGAAAAUGAGCUACAGGUUCUAGAGCGCACGAAGGAGAUUUCUAAUUUAAUUUCAAGUUGUCACGGUCAUAUUAAAUUGAUCAAUUCGUCGACCGAAGGUCAAAAUCAUCUAGAAUAUAGUAUGCUUCAGAACAUCGAGAAACACUUUCUGACAUCUCUACAGAGCGUAACGGAACGAUUUAGACAAAUUCACUUGGCAUACAAAAAUGAGCGAAACAGUGCAAACCAAAAAUCGAAAGCAAUUUUCCAUAAAACUUCAUCCAAUGUACAAUCAAUUAAUGCGGUGGACACCUUUGAUAACUUUUUGAGCUUAAAUGUUUCGGAAAACGAAUACGAUAAUAAUGAUGAUGAUACACUUGAUGAAUACUUUCAGUUACCUGCAUCUAAAAAUAGCAUUGAUCAGAAAAAACUUGUAAUGAUUCAAGCAGAUAAUAAAAGAAUGAUUCAGAAUCGGGAACAUGAAGUUUCAAAAAUAGUGAGUUCUAUAGUCGAUUUAAACAUCAUAUUCAAAGAUCUUUCUAAGUUAGUUCAAGAACAAGGCACAAUACUUGACAGAAUAGAUUAUAAUAUAGAAUCCACCCAGACAAGAGUGUUUGAGGGUUACAAACAGCUACAAAAGGCAGAAACAUUUCAGCGAAAAAACAAAAAAAUUUACUGUAUUCUUAUUUUGGCAAGCAUGAUAAUGUUUAUGAUAAUUCUAACAAUAUUUACGAAAUUUUAAACCACGAUAAAAAUGUCAUUGGCCAAAUGCGAAA